AUGUUAGCAUACCACCUCCAAUCAAGCACUUCAUUCAUUGAUGAUCUUCAGAUAAAUCUAACAAGAGGAAAGAGGAAUGUGACUGUGCCAUUACAACGCGUGCUACCCAAAGAAAAGGAAAAGCUUACUUUUUGCGUGCCGCCUUUUUAUUGGUACUCGAAUUGGCCGAAAAUAAUUUUUGCCUUAGAAAUGUGGAAAGCACAAGGUGUGGAUCACAUUAUCGUCUACCACCAUUCAUCUACAAAGAACGUCUAUCACGUACUUACUCGUUACCAAGCUGAGGGAUACAUUACGAUUGUUCCGUGGCCUUCGCUCCCUCGUAGCGCAUUUGAAGAUCCUAAUGAAUCCGUUUACCGAGUUGCUCAUUCGCUAGCAAACAACGACUGUUUGAUGCGCCUAUCCUCAGAGUUUGGAGCUGUCAUCGAUGUAGAUGAGAUCAUCGUUCCAAGGAAUGGCACGCUUCUGUCUUUUAUAAUUGAGAGCUUUGCAAAAACAUCAGCAGGUGCCUUAAUGUUCCUGCACCGAGCUCUUUCCUUCAAUCCAUCCUAUGCUGAACGAAAUUUCACUUAUAAAGAGCUGAACUUCUUUGGGAUUUGGAAUGCUAACGAGCUUGAGUGCAAGGGUCCACCAAAGGUCGUCUUCCGAACGGAAGAUGUGGAGUCAGUUUACACCCAUAACAUAAACCAGUUCAAAAGAAACUCGUCCGUUGCAAAGGUUAGAUUAGAAGACGCUGCACUUUUACAUCACCGAUAUAACGUCGGAAUAGAGAGAGUAUGCAAAAGUCUGGGAAACAUUGACCUGUUGCCAACAAAAUCAGAUUUCAUUAGUCUCCAAAACAUUCUCAACUAUCGCAAGCGUACUAUCUUUCCGGAUAUGGCUAACUUUCACUUCAGCACACAGGUGGAACUCGCGACCUGCUUGCAACAGUGGCGAUUAACGCAGCAUGAGUGCAUAACACCAAUAUCAAGCUGUGCCGACGUUAUGCUGCCUUUGGAGGAAUGGCAGUUUACGAAGCUUGAUGAACAAUUCCACACUCUAUAG